AUGAAAGCAUUUCUUAAAGGAGUCAAUCUAUGGAAUGUAGUAGAAAACAAGACAGAAGAACCAGUAUUGAGAAACAAUGCUACACCAGCACAAGUGAAGCAACAUGAAGAGGAUGUAGCAAAGAAAUAUCGAGCUUUAUCCUUUAUACACUUUGCUGUUACAAAGUCUGUUUUCAAUCGAAUCAUGGGAUGUGAGAUAGCAAAACAAGCUUGGAAUAAGCUUGAAGAAGAGUUUUUAGGAUCUUCUAGGAACAAGCAGAUUCGACUUCAGAAUCUUAGAAAGCUAUAUGAACUGCUGAGGAUGAAAGAUAGUCAAACUGUGCAGGAGUUCAUUGAUGCUGUGAUGAAGGUGGUAAAAGACAUUUCUCAGCUUGCCAUAUCAAAUUUGGUGAACAUUUUAGAAGUUGAUGAACAAAAGAGAGCUGCUAGAAAGAAUGAAAAAACUGACCUUGCCUUCACUGCUCGAAUGAAAGGCAAGGCACGUGCAGUAGCCUCAACAAAGAAAAAUGUGAGUGAGAUAAAGGAUAAAGAGAAAGGAAGCCAUGUAGAGAGGGUUUGCAAAAACAAAUAUGAUGCAAAUGAGAAGAUCACAAAUGCAGCUAAGAAUGUUGAAUCUUCAGAAGAGCAACUCUUCAUGGCUACUUGUAGCAAUAUGACAAAUGAUGCACAGUGGCCACUGGAUAGUGGCAACUCAAAUCAGUGA